AUGGUGGUUCCGGUAGAAAAAGCUAAGGAGUAUAUGAAACAUAAUAAUGACAAAUUUGAGUCCAUUGGCUACAAUAACAGUGAUAAAUCUGGAAAUGACUUUUGUAAUAACAAAUUAAUUUAUGCUGAUUACACCCGGACUUUGCCCAAUAAUGCAUUGGAGUAUAGCGAUAUUUUAAGUCAAGAUUAUGUUGCUGGAUUUCCACAAAAAUUUUUGAGAUUGGUGCAAGACAUUGAAGCGAAACAAAUGCUGUUUGCGGAAACUGAAUACAUGCUGAGGAAAAUACCAAUAGAGCAGACAGUAAAUUUUGAUUUAAAACUGAUUGUACAGAAUAUUAUGCAUGUCAGUUCAUCGAUGCGGUUGAAGUUCUAUAAAAGCAACGUCAUAGUGAUGAGGGAAACCUCCCCGCUGGCAACACUGGGCUUCGUAGCUCAACUGCUGUGCGCCCACUCUGACGUGGUAAUUGAGUCGUCGGCGCAGACAGCCGUGCUGUGCCACAUCUUCACAGUCGCCUGCCACAACGCUGGAUUGAACAAUGUGAAACUAGCUUUGGUGGAAAACUCUCCGUCGGGCGGCAAUGACGUCACAGAAAUUCCAGAACUGUUGUCCGGCUGUGUGGCGGUGGUGACCGGUAGCGCCGACGUCGACUCCGCCGUGGACGCCCUAAUUGCUGCUCCCGAUAAGGGCCCCUGGCGAUUGGGGCGGGUUUCCGUGCAGGAGUGCAUCGGCGAGCGGUUCCGUCGCGCGCUCUCUUGGAAGUCGGCGCUGGAGGGAUCGAACCCGCAACUCGGCGCCGCCCGCACCGCCUACGCAGCGAACGGCAAACUUUUCAGCUACGAGCACCACGGGCGCGGGGUCAACGACCUUGUCGCGGUCGACGAGUACCGGACGGUGAGGGAGCUGCUGUCUCUCUCUAACGCGUGCGCCCCGCUCGCCCUCUCGCUCUGGUGCGGCGGCGUGGCGGAGGCGAACGAGAUAGCCCACAACUCCUCCGCGGACCUGGUCUGGAUUAAUGGGUACGGUGCGUUCGCUGGACCGCCCGCCGCCUCCCAGGGCUUCUAUUCAAUCCUCGAUGUGGCGUUCGCCGGUAUAGGUGUGCCCGCCACCGCCGUGCAAACACUGUCGAAAAGCGGGGCCUGGAUGAAACUGACUGCGGACAAGAGACGCGAGCUGCUGUAUGCCGCCUGGGAACAGUUCGGAAUAGCUUCGGUCAGUUUGGACACCGAAUUUGGCGCGGAUAGCUUCGCUUCGGUGGAGGGGCCGUUCCUCUGCAUCGGCAUCCGGAGGCCAGCGGGGCUGGUGGCCUGCCUCGGGCGGGAUUCCAGUCGGGAGGCCUUGGCCGCCUCGCUGGCCGGCAACGCGGUGCUGUUUGGCGACGCCGCUUGGCAGAAGCCGAUCCACGAGGCGAUGGCGGCGGCCGGCGCUCCCGUGGCCACCUUCCGCCCCCUCGAGGGCGACCGCAGUGUCCCGUCGGCGCUCUCCAGCUGCAGGACGAAGGUGGUCUGGACGAGCUUCGGCACGGUGUUCGCCAAU